CCAUUCUUUUUCCCCACCCCUUAGGGUUCCAGUUUCCAAAAUGUGGCGGUCUGUGGUAUCUCUGUGCCUCCUGGUGGUCCUUACGGGCGCUCGCAAUGUCCCCAUCUUCCCCCCUCUCUCUCAUGACAUGGUCAACUACAUCAAUAAGUUGAACACUACCUGGCAGGCUGGGCACAACUUCCACAAUGUGGACCUGAGCUAUGUGAAAAAGCUUUGUGGCACAUUCCUGCAUGGCCCCAAACUACCAGAAAGGAUUGGAUUUUCCAACGACCUGGUCCUGCCUGAAAGCUUUGACUCACGGGAGCAGUGGCCAAAGUGUCCGACCAUCGGUGAGAUCAGAGACCAGGGCUCUUGUGGUUCCUGCUGGGCUUUUGGUGCCGUAGAGGCCAUUUCUGACCGGGUUUGCAUCCACACCAACACCAAAGUGAAUGUGGAGAUCUCUGCAGAAGACCUGCUCUCUUGCUGCGGCUUUGAAUGUGGAAUGGGAUGUAACGGAGGCUACCCUUCAGCUGCCUGGAAAUAUUGGACGGAGAAGGGCCUGGUGUCUGGCGGCCUUUACGACUCCCAUGUGGGCUGCAGGCCAUACUCUAUCCCUCCUUGCGAGCACCACACCAACGGAACCCGACCCCCCUGCACCGGGGAAGGGGGUGAAACCCCAGAGUGCACGAAAAAAUGCGAAGACGGCUAUUCUCCAUCCUACAAAGAAGACAAGCACUACGGUGUGACUUCGUACGGUGUGCCUCCCAACGAGGAUAUGAUAAAGGCUGAAAUUUACAAGAACGGGCCGGUGGAAGGAGCUUUUGUCGUUUAUGCAGACUUCCUCAUGUACAAAUCCGGCGUAUAUCAGCAUGUCUCUGGAGAGCAAGUUGGCGGUCACGCGAUCCGAAUCCUCGGCUGGGGCGUUGACAACGGCACUCCCUACUGGCUGGCUGCAAACUCCUGGAACACCGACUGGGGUGAAAAUGGCUUCUUCAGAAUUCUCCGCGGAGAGGACCACUGUGGAAUCGAAUCUGAGAUCGUCGCUGGCAUCCCUCGGACCAGCCAGUACUGGAAACAGCUGUAAAACCGCUUUUCUUGAAUCCAGCCAGUUAGCCCUUCUGCAAAUAAUCAAUCGAUCGUACCCGUGGAGAAAAUAAGCGGACGGGGUUGCAAAAGUUUCAUGCAAGACAUUUUAGACUUUGGCUUUUUUUAUUUUUAUUAUUAAAGCUUUCGGAUAAUUUUUGGUUUUUAAUUGUGUUGCGCUGCUCCCUCUGGCAAAGUCUGCCUUUGAGCCAAGAGGCACGUAGCUUGGGUUCGACACAAAGCCUUCUUGGGCUGCCAGCGACAGACAAUUUGCAGAGCUGAAUUUGGGGAGUCUUCCAGUACAAGUGGAAGUGAAUGCAACCCCCAUUCAUUCUUUCACCACCUCACUGAUGAUAAUCUGAAACGUCUUCUUCCAAGCCUUAAUUGCAACAAUCCUCUGGAAUUUCUCUUGAGUUGCUGCAGAGCCAAUACAGUUGAUCCAACAGCCUUGGCUGCUGUAUCCCAGUGCCGAGAGGUUAAAAGGGUAUGUUUCCCCAGCUCCCUUCCUCCAUCUCAACAUGCCCCUAAAUUGGGUAGGGGGAGCAGUGAGGUUUCAGAGGCCCAUGGUCUUAUUUCUGAACCAACCCAGCCCCAAAAGUGCGACGGACAGCCAAACACUCCUGCUUCUCUGUUGCAAUCUCCAUCUGAAAUUUUGUUAGAUUUAUUUUAAUCUGGCUUUAUGGGAUCACCACGCCAUCAUGUUUGCUGGUGCCUGAAAGCCAGCUUUCGAUUAUAAUUGCAUUUAACACCGGCUGGAGGGAACGAUUCUGCCUUUGUUUUGUUUUUAAAUUAAGACGUUAAGUGAUGACACUCAAUUUUUAAAAAAUCACCUAUUCUGUUAGGAGAGCUGGGCUUGUGCAUGAGCAGCUGGUAGUUACGUAAAGAACAAACCUAUUUUUGCUAUUUCAAAUUACCAAGUUGUGUUUUUACGAAAAUGAACUAAAGCAUGCAGCCAGCAGUUGGGAGUAAGUCAGAUACACUCAUCUUCCUUAUUUCACUAGCUUCCAACUCAAAAUACCACCCCACCCUUUUUGCAUUUGACAAGAACCAUGUAUUACAAUUGGCUGCUGUUGCAAUCACAGGAUUUGUCAAUUUGUCUCUUCUGUCUACAAUAAAGGCCUCAUUACCUGGC